AUGUCGUCCGGAGCACCGCGCCGCGUUGGCGCACGUCACCACAAACUCCGUGCGCCACGUACACAUGGCCUUUCCGUGUCUGUGGAUGAAAUGUGGUCGCGUCUAUCAUCGGCCAUCGCACAGAUUCAACACCACAACAUAUCCAAGCUGAGCUAUGAGGAACAUUAUCGCUAUGCAUACAACUUGAUUCUCAAUCAACAGGGUGACAUGCUUUAUGGAGGCGUACGUCGUCAGGUACAUGAACAUCUCGUACACCAGAGUGAUCAGCGGCUCGUGCCGCUAUUUCUAUUGUCUACCGAAGAUGCUGUUGCUGUGACUGAAGCGCUCUCGAGCAAAGGAAAGCGUCGUGAGGAUGCGGCACGAGAGGAAGCACGCGUAUUUGCAUGGCUUCCUGGCCAAGCUGACGAGCUCUUGCCCUCUAUUCCGGCAGGUGAGCGCUUCCUUGGCGCUGUCACCGACGUGUGGGAGGACCAUUGCUCGUGCAUGAGCAAAAUUCGCGAUGUACUCAAGUAUGUUGAUCGCGUGUAUGUCCCCAACCAUCAUCGUGCUCCGAUCUGGGACCUGGGUCUUGAGCUAUUUCGUGACUCGGUCGUGCGGUCAGCGCGCGUGCCAUGUCGUGCGAACUUGAUCGUUGCCAUGCUUCGUCAGGUGUACUGUGAGCGCGAGGGCGCAACGGUAGAGCGACGGACGAUGAAGGCCGCUGCCGAUAUGCUGCUUUCUCUGUCGCAUGAUGCCCAUUCUAGCGUGUACGCACAGGACUUUGAACCUGUCUUCCUUGCAACGACGUCGCAGUACUAUGCGGCAGAAGCUGCACGGCUCCUGAGCGUUCAGCAGGCUACAUACUAUCUGCAGGCUGUGGAGCGGCGCUUUGCCGACGAGCGUGUGCGGGUCGAAGCAUGUUUCAGCCCCGCGACUCUUGCGCCUCUGAAGGAUCUUGUUGAACGACAUCUGUUAUCAGAGCAAUUAGAUGCCAUCCUGGACAUGGAAGACGGUGGUCUUGUGUCGUUGUUGGAUGCAGAUGCACGUGCCGAUAUUGAACGCAUGUACCGCUUGUUCCGUCUCGUGCCACCUGGUCUGGAUGCGUUGAACAAGGUGCUUCGAAUGUAUGUGACGAACCGAGGCAAGACGAUCAACGAGACAACGCUGGCCGGUCAGGAUGGCGCACCAAGUGCUGAGGUUGCGCUGUCGUGGGUAAAUCAAGUGCUUGAUGCCAAGAACCGGCUCGAUGGCAUUCUUCAUACGAGUUUCCACAGCGACAAGAGCUGUGAGGCUGCUAUUAACGAGGCGAUGGACGCCUUUAUCAACAUGAACGUGCGUGCGCCCGAAUACAUCUCGUUGUUCAUCGAUGAGCACCUGCGCAAAGGCACGCGUGCAGCCGAUGAUACCACACUCGAGCAGAUGCUCGAUAAAACCAUCACUAUCUUCAGGUACAUCCACGAAAAGGACGUGUUUGAGCGCUACUAUAAAAUGCACCUGACCCGGCGUCUUUUGCACAACCGCAGCGUGUCUGAUGACGCUGAGCGCAGCAUGAUUGCUAAGCUGAAAGUCGAGUGUGGACAUGGCUAUGUGCAGAAGCUGCAGGGCAUGCUGAAUGACAUGAAGCUAAGUGAGGAGGUCCUGGCCGCUUUCCACCGUGCGCAGGAGCGCGAGCAGCGGCAACUUCCUUUGCAAAUGAACGUGCAUGUACUUACAGCGACGUACUGGCCCAUUUCGUCACCAACAGAGCCAUGCACGCUGCCUCCUGCCUUGUUGGAGGCGUGUGAGUCGUUUGAAAAAUUUUACGGCACGAGGCAUCGUGGCCGCGUCUUGACAUGGCAGCCGACGCUGGGGACUGCGGAGGUGCGUGUGCGCUUCAAAACACGCACGCAUGAGCUGGUCGUCUCGACGUACGCGCUCAUGGUGCUUCUGCUUUUUGAGCACAGCGAUACUCUUUCAUACCGAGACAUUCGUGCAGCUACACGAAUGCCCGAUGUCGACCUACAGCGCACAUUGCAGAGUCUAGCUUGUGCGAAGUACAAGGUGCUUCAGAAAGAACCCAAGGGUCGCGAUGUGCAUGAAACUGACUUGUUCUCGUUCCAUGCAGACUUUACUUGUCCACUAGCGCGCGUGAAGAUCGCUCAGAUCGCGGCGAAAGUGGAAUCGCCUCAAGAGCGCAAGGAAACCACCGCUAAAGUCGAGGAAGAACGCAAGAACCAAGUUGAGGCCUGUAUUGUACGGAUUAUGAAAAGUCGGAAAACGCUGGCACACAACGACCUCGUUCACGAGGUCGUGCACCAGCUUCUGCCGCGUUUUCAGCCGUCGCCCGCGCUGAUCAAGAAACGCAUUGAAUCACUUUUAGAUCGAGGUUCGUACAUGCGGCUCUCUCUCCAUGAAGCCUUUAUCCGAUUCGCUUGCAUACUGACACGCACACACACGCCAGAAUAUAUCGAGCGAACCGAAGCGCGUCAUGUAUAUCAAUAUGUAGCUUAA